UUAUCCAGAACUGAAGAAUGCUGCAAUGUGUUAGCCGGCCGGCCAGGUUCACGAGAUUUCCACUUAUUUUGAACACCUGUCGCUCGUUCACUCACGGUUUUAGCUUUUUGUCGUCCCAGGCCCUCACCAUGACGGACCCGGCCGUGAAGAGGGUUGUGAGCGACAUCAUCAAAUCGCCAGAGGACAAGCGGGUCUACAGAGGCCUGGACUUCACCAAUGGCCUCAAAGCCGUUCUCAUCAGCGACCCCACCACAGACAAGUCCUCUGCCGCACUCGACGUGCACAUAGGUUCCCUGUCGGACCCCUGUAAUAUCUCUGGCUUGGCCCACUUCUGUGAGCACAUGCUGUUCCUGGGCACCAAGAAGUACCCCAAGGAGAAUGAGUACAGCCAGUUCCUGAGCGAGCACGCCGGCAGCUCCAACGCCUUCACCAGCGGAGAGCACACCAACUACUACUUCGACGUUUCCCACGAACACCUGGAGGGAGCGCUGGACAGGUUUGCCCAGUUCUUCCUGUGCCCGCUGUUUGAUGAGAGCUGCAAGGACCGUGAAGUGAACGCGGUGGACUCCGAGCACGAGAAGAACCUGAUGAACGACGCCUGGAGGCUCUUCCAACUGGAGAAGGCCACCGGCAAUGCCAACCACCCCUUCAGCAAGUUCGGCACAGGGAACAAGCUGACCCUGGAGACGAGACCGUCUAAAGAUGGAAUCGAUGUCCGCCAGGAGUUGCUGAAAUUCCACUCCACAUUCUACUCAUCAAACCUCAUGGGUCUGUGUGUGCUGGGCAGAGAAUCUCUGGAUGAGCUGACCUCUAUGGUGGUGAAGCUGUUUGGGGAGGUGGAGAACAAGUCUGUUCCUAUUCCAGAGUUCCCAGAGCACCCCUUCCAGGAAGAGCACCUGAGGCAAUUUUAUAAAGUUGUCCCCAUUAAGGACAUUAGGAAUCUGUACGUGACGUUCCCCAUCCCCGACCUUCAGAAGUACUACAAGUCCAACCCAGGCCACUACCUUGGCCACCUGAUUGGGCACGAGGGGCCUGGCAGUCUGCUGUCCGAACUCAAGGCCAAAGGAUGGGUGAACACGCUAGUUGGCGGCCAGAAAGAGGGCGCCAAAGGAUUCAUGUUCUUCAUCAUAAAUGUCGACCUCACAGAAGAAGGACUUUUGCAUGUGGAUGACAUCAUCUUCCACAUGUUCCAGUAUGUCCAGAAGCUGCGUACAGAGGGCCCACAGGAGUGGGUGUUUCAGGAAUGUAAGGAUCUCAACAAUGUUGCCUUUCGCUUCAAGGACAAGGAGCGUCCUCGGGGCUACACGUCUAAAGUAGCCGGCCUGUUGCACUACUACCCGCUGGAGGAGAUUCUGGCAGCGGAGUAUCUGCUGGAGGACUUCCGGCCAGACCUGAUCGAGAUGGUGCUGGACAAACUGCGACCAGAGAAUGUCAGAGUUGCGGUGGUGUCAAAGUCGUUUGAAGGGCAGACGGAUAAGAAGGAGGAGUGGUAUGGCACUCAGUACAAGCAGGAGAGCAUCUCUGAAGAUGUUAUUAAGAAAUGGCAGAAUGCCGACCUCAACGGCAAGUUCAAGCUCCCCAUGAAGAACGAGUUUAUUCCCACCAACUUUGAGAUCUACACGCUGGAGAAGGAUGCACCCCCCACCCCCACGUUAAUAAAGGACACUGCUAUGAGUAAAGUCUGGUUCAAGCAGGACGACAAGUUCUUCCUGCCCAAAGCCUGUCUGAACUUUGAGUUCUUCAGCCGCUACCUUUACACAGACCCCGUGCACUGCAACAUGACCUACCUGUUUCUCAGGCUGUUGAAGGACGAUUUAAAAGAGUAUACAUAUGCAGCCCGGCUGGCCGGCCUAGCCUAUGGCGUGGCCUCAGCCAUGAAUGCCAUCCUCCUCACAGUAAAGGGCUACAACGACAAGCAGCACAUCCUGCUGAAGAAGAUUGUGGAGAAGAUGGCCACGUUUGAGAUCGAUGAGAAGCGCUUCGACAUCAUCAAGGAGGCGUACAUGAGGUCCCUGAAUAACUUCCGCGCUGAGCAGCCCCACCAGCACGCCAUGUACUACCUCCGGCUCCUCAUGACCGAGGUCGCCUGGACCAAAGACGAGCUCAAGGAGGCUCUGGAGGAUGUCACCCUGCCCCGGCUCAAGGCCUUCAUUCCCCAGCUGUUGUCACGGUUACACAUCGAGACGCUGAUCCACGGCAACAUCACCAAGGAGUCGGCGUUGGGGAUGAUUCAGAUGCUGGAGGACACCCUCAUUGAGCAUGCUCACACCAAGCCCCUCCUCCCGAGCCAGCUGAUUCGCUACAGGGAGGUCCAGGUGCCAGAUGGGGGUUGGUACGUGUACCAGCAGAGGAACGAGGUGCACAACAACUGCGGCAUCGAGAUCUACUACCAGACAGACAUGCAGACCACGCACGACAACAUGCUGCUCGAGCUCUUCUGCCAGAUCAUCCACGAGCCCUGCUUCAACACGCUGCGCACCAAAGAGCAACUCGGCUACAUCGUGUUCAGCGGGCCACGGCGGGCCAACGGCGUGCAGGGGCUGCGCUUCAUCAUCCAAUCGGAGAAGGCGCCGCACUACCUGGAAAGCCGCGUGGAGGCGUUCCUGCGCACCAUGGAGACGGGGCUGCUGGACAUGAACGAGGAGGCCUUCCAGAAGCACAUCCAGGCCCUGGCCAUACGCCGCCUGGACAAGCCCAAGAAGCUGGCCGCAGAGUGCGCCAAGUACUGGGGCGAGAUCAUCUCGCAGCAGUACAACUUCGACAGAGACAACAUUGAGGUGGCCUACCUGAAGACGCUGACCAAGGACAACAUCAUGCAGUUCUACAGGGAUCUUCUGUCUGUGGAUGCCCCCAAGAGACACAAGGUGUCUGUGCACGUGCUCUCCAGGGAGAUGGACUCUUGUCCAGUGGUGGGCGAGUUCCCUGCCCAGAAUGAUGUGAACCUGGCGCCCGCCCCCUCUCUGCCUCAGCCGGUGGUGGUGCAGGACAUGACUGAGUUCAAGAGGAGCCUGCCCCUCUUCCCUCUGGCGAAACCGCACAUCAACUUCAUGGCUGCCAAACUGUGAAGCUCCGGACCUCCGCACACACCCCCCCCACCCCCAGUGCAGCGUGGGAUUGUUGGGGGACGCUGGAACGCCCCACCGCUCCCCCCUCCCUACAACACGUAGUCCCACAUCACCCUCAUGCAACUGGAGCUAGAUACGCAGUCACUAAGAAUGGUUGAGUGUGUGUGUGUGUGUGUGUGACUGAAUGUGUGUGUGUGUGUUAAGUUUAGACCUGGUCAGUCAAGGCUCCAGAAAGUGGAAGUCAAAGUAAGGGGGCUCGCCGCAUUGGCAGUCCCUCUUACCCCAUACAGUAGAACGAUGUGUCAUCCAGUGGUCACAAGGCACUUCUUUGGCUCUCAAAGCAUUUCAGUGACUAAUGACACAACCUGAGUUUAAAAAAAAAGCACUGACAAGUCAACAUGUAAGAAGUAGUCGUUUAAAAAAAGAAAAAGAAAUAUGCAUAUCGUAUAGGGUCGGCAUGCUUGUUCGACCCCUAGUGCCCUUAUUGAACGUCAAAGUGUAGGACUUAUCUGGUUUCCUUUUACCAUGAGGACAUUUUGCUUGGGUAUAAUGGGGCAUUGUUUUAUGAUUGAGGGGAAAGGUACGCAUGUUGUUGUCACUGUCGUCCUCCUACAUUGGUAAGGGGCGAACAAAAGGUCACCUGGAAGGCCCAGACUUGUUUACCGUGAAGCCACUUCAAUUAGUCCCCCAAACGUCUCGGGGGAACGCAAGCUCUCCCAGCGUCACCGACAGAAAAGAUUAAAUGUGUCGAUUUUUAGCCUUAAUGAAAAUUUUCAUCUUUGUACAGAUUUAUAAAAUCUGACAUCAUGACCUUUUCUUUAUUUUCCCUUUUUGUUUUCUCUCGUUUUGUUUUGUUUGUUUUUAAUUUAAAAACGAGUAAAGUGUUGGGGUGCUUUGAAGAGCUGCUUUUAGACCGAUAUGGAAAUCCUAUUAAUCCUAUUCUUUUGGUUUGUGUUUUUUUUUUCCUUUCUUUGUGUUUAUCUCCUAAUCAAUGUUCUUUUUUUUUAAAGAAAGGGGUUUUGUCCAAGCAUUUACUCAGGGUGGCCCCAACAAAUGAUUUUAUUUGAACAUUAAAAACGAAUGGAGAAAAAAUUAAUAAACAUUUUAAAUGCC